UUUCUCUACCUCGAAAACACUACAACACCCAGCAUGCAGUUUGGCUGAGCGGAAGUGGCGUCAGCGGGUGAACUUUGACCUGUGAUAUCGGAUUGCCUGCCGCAGGAAACUAUGGCUGCUGCCUCUGUUUUAAACGUGGAUGCCCUGCGAGAGGUGCUUGAAUGCCCCAUAUGUAUGGAAGCAUACACUGAAGAACUGCUGAGACCCAAGCUCUUGCAGUGCGGUCAUACCACAUGCACACAGUGUCUGGAAAAGCUGUUGGCCAGUAACAUAAAUGGAGUGCGUUGCCCCUUUUGUAGUCGGGUAACACGUGUCACCAGCUUAGCCAACUUGGCUGAUAACUUGACUGUUCUAAAGAUCAUUAACACUAGUGAGUUGGGCCAGACUGUUAUAGGAUUGAUGUGCAAAUCCUGCAAGCGAAGAUUACCACGGUUCUUCUGUAAGAACUGCAUUGUUUCAUUAUGUGAUGCCUGCAAAGAAGCAGAUCACGUGCUACUAAACCAUAUUGUACUUUCACUACAAGAUGCUGCCAAUGAACGCAGAAAAACACUAGAAGAAAGGCUUGCUAAACUCAGACAGUGCAUGCAGGAUCUGCAGAAAAGGAAGUCCAUAUUGGAGGGUCUCACUUCUCAGGUUAAGUGCAAAUACAAGUCAAUUUUACAAGAUUACAGCAAAGAGGAAUGUCGAGUUCAGGAAGAGUUAGCUCGCUCACGAAAAAUGUUCACGGCAUCUUUGUCAGAAGUUGAAAAACUGAACAGCCAGAUGCUUGAUGAACAAGCUUAUCUACUUAAUAUAACUGAAGUGCAGCUGGUUUCUAGGUGUGAUUAUAUUUUGCUAAAAAUAAAGCAGUCAGAUACAGCUCUUUUGGAAGACUCUCUAGAAGAAGAAGCUGAGCCUGAACUUGCAGCUGACUUGACAUCAGAGCUUACCUUGCAGGAUCCUGAGUUCCUCAAAGUAGGGCAUGCUGGACCAAUACAGGUUGGCCAAGUUGUCAAGAAGCCAUACAUUGUAAAUAUGCAGGAACCUCUUCCUGAAGUUUCUACAUUUACUACAAUUUCAUAUAAAGAGAUGGAUAUGCAGUCAGAGGAGAUUAGCAGUGUCCAGUCUUGUCCAUCUGCUCCACUUACCAAAAUUCCUGAAGCAUCAUGCAACUUGCAGCAGUGUCAAUUCCUAAGGAAGAUGGGCUCUAAAGGAAACAUGCCUGGCAUGUUUAACCUUCCAGUGAGUCUUCAUGUUACUGCACUAGGGGAAGUGUUGGUGGCUGACAGAGGCAACUGCAGAAUCCAGGUCUUUAACCGAAAAGGUUUCUUGAGAGAGAUUAGGCGAAGCCCAUCUGGAAUUGACACUUUUGUGCUGAGCUUUCUUGGGGCAGAUUUGCCCAAUCUCAUUCCAUUAUCGGUAACAAUGAACUGUCAUGGCCUUAUAGGAGUGACAGACAAUUAUGAUAAUUCAGUGAAAGUGUAUACAAUGGAGGGACAUUGUAUAGCAUGCCACAGAAGUCAGCUCAGCAAGCCUUGGGGCAUUGCAGCUAUGCCCUCGGGUCAGUUUGUGGUAACUGAUGUUGAAGGAGGGAAGCUCUGGUGCCUAACCGUAGAUCGCAGCUUGGGAGUCGUCAAGUACAGUCGGCUCUGCAAUGCUGUGCGUCCAAAGUUUGUCACUUGUGACCAGGAAGGGACUGUAUAUUUUACCCAAGGACUUGGCCUUAACCUAGAAAACCGUCAAUUUGAGCAUCAUCUAGAGGGUGGCUUCUCUAUUGGCUCUGUAGGGUCUGAUGGACAGCUAGGGAGACAGAUAAGCCACUUCUUUUCCGAAAAUGAAGAUUUUCGCUGCAUUGCAGGGAUGUGUGUUGGAGCUCGUGGAGAUUUGAUAGUGGCAGACAGUGGUCGUAAAGAAAUACUUCAUUUUCCUAAAAGUGGAGGCUACAGUAUCUUAAUUAGGGAGGGCCUGACUUGCCCAGUAGGAGUUUCUGUUACUCCUAAAGGACAGUUGUUGGUGCUGGAUUGUUGGGAUCACUGUAUUAAAAUAUAUAGUUAUAAUGUACGCAGGUACUCUACCCCUUAGGUGAAACCCUGUUUACAAUUCCUAGAUACCACUCAGGAUUCUAGAACAGACAGUCCCUGUGGACGUCAGAAACCAUAAAGUAGUAGUAAAACUGUUUAAGUGCUAGCUUGCACACCAGUACAUUUAUAGCACUUAAAUAAGAUACAUAUGUAUGUAACUCACAUCAUUUCUGGCCUAACUGCCCUUAUGUCAUGUAACCUUCUUAAAUGUGAAUGUUCUUAAAAAUGAAGUCUCAGUCAAGAAUAAUAUAGAGUAGUUUUGUCAACUGUGAGUUAAUGUAUCUCAGGACUAUCUGACUAUCAGACAGUUAAAAAAUAAAUUAGAGAGGGUAAUUUACUUAUGCAUGGUUAGUAAUACAUGGCAAAGUAUAUUAAUAGUUAAAACACAACUAGACUAGACCCUUUAAUUGUAAACUGACUGCUCAGUUAUAAUAAAACGAAGAAAACAAAGCAUGAUAUGCUCAGCAUUACAGGAGAGAAAUCUCUUUCUGAUUCUAACAAACACUCACUGGUUUCUUAAUAGACACAUCAAUUGAAAUGAAGCUUCCACCAUCUGUUCUGCCCAGGAAUUACAGAAGGGACAUGAUUUGCAGUCAUGUCAUGAGAAGUGAGAUGGAAAAGCUUUAAGUCUCUGGUCCUGUCAUUUAUUUCUUACUACUUGUUCCUGUCUUAUUACAGACACAGAGAUAGAAAAUAAAGCUGGUGCGAUUAACCCUGCUCACCUAUUUGUACACUGCCCUUAAGAUUAAGGAUAAAAUAUCUCGCCAACUUUAUUCCAGCCAUACUCAGAGUAAAAUCAGUCAGUUAAAAUGAUCUGUGUAUACAAAACUGUAAUUACUUGAUUUUAUGGGUGGAGUAUUAAAUCAGUGUGUUAUAUUAUUCAUUUAGACCUUUUAGUAAUUGAAUAUAUCCCUAAUUUUCCACAUUAUCUAAGAUACAUUUCUUUCUGAUGUGCAGCUGCUAGUACUGAACAUGUAUUAAAUAAAGCAAUUACCAGAUAUAGCCUGAA